UACUGCAGUAUCUAUAAGGAGAUUCCCAUGCAGUAAAACAUAACUCACACUGCACAUAAGCAUCGUAAAAAAAUUUUUGUUUUGUCUCCCCAGAUUCCUCACGAAGCAGCAACUAGAAAUAAUCAUUUAGGAAAGGUGCUAUACUUGUCAACAUUUGGGUUUUAAUUAGCUGGAAUACAGGAUGCCUAUUUACGCAGUUCCUGCCAGGAGUCCUGCUGGGACACGAUGCAUGGCCACUUUCCAGAAGGCUUCCUCACACAACACCCUGGCCAGCAGUAAAGUAUCUGGGCAGCAGCUGAGGUCACAGGUGUUGGGAGAAAAGGAUUGUCUGACUUCGUGUCCUCAGAAUAAGACUGAGGAAGUAAAUAGGACCUAUGUGAUUUCAGCUUGUGAAAAAGUGAGUGAUAUGUCAACUUCUUUUAAACUGGAAGGCAGAUUAACACUCCAGAGGAGAACUGGAGCAAGCAAAAAAUCAGUGUCUGGUAGUGAUGCAACACAGAGUACGGAAGAGCUACAAACAGAGAAAAGACUUACUCUGCGGAGGCGUGUGAGGACUGGCUCCACAGAGAAGAGUAAAAUUAAUCAGAAUAUUGUGUCUAGAAAGGAAAAUGAUGACUUUGCACAAGGAAAUGACAAGAUUACACUUCCACAGAAUAUUAAGGGUACAGAUGGUGUUAAACCAAACUUGAAGUUAACUGAAAGUCAGUCAAGUACCAAGUUGCAGCAUAACCUGAACAGCAAGAAUUCCUUUGGUUUAGUUGGUGGUGUCUGUGAAAACGCUAUCAACACGUGUUUGAAAGAUAAGACAAGCACUGCUGACACAAAGUUUCAAAAUGAAGUUCCGAAAUCAGAACGGUUCAUUACCUCAAAAUGUACUAAUAGGCUGUCAGGAGAACAACUGAAUGAGAAAGACAAUCUAAAUAAGUUAGCUGGAAAGCAAAGGGUACAGCACUUGAUGAUGAAACACAGCAGCUUGGAAAGACUAAAGACACCAGCAAAAGUUUUAACAGAAAGAUUUACACCAAAGAGCAGCACUUCUCAAGAUCAACCAUCUCUCAAGUCAGCCUCAUAUGAACAAACACCUGAUGUGCAAAUUUUAGCCAAGAAACUCCCUAGUGUCUCUAGCUCUCUUCCUGUGAGUACAAGUUCGGAAACAAAAGUGAACACAGAAACUUUAGCUGAGAACAGCAGUACUGGGGAAGAUGUUUUCAAAGUGAAAAACAGCAAAGUGAUUGUAGCUGUGCGGGUGCGGCCCCUUAGUAACAGAGAGAAAACUGAAAACUCAUUCCUUGUGAUCUCCAUGAGUGGUUCAGAGACAAUUGUACGAAAUCCAUCCACAAACCAAAUUUACAGCUUCAGUUACGACUUCUCUUUCUGGUCUUUUGACAAGGGUCAUCCUAAUUUUGCAAGCCAAGCAAUGAUUUAUGAAACUUUGGCACUGCCACUCCUUGAAAGAGCUUUUGAGGGAUACAAUGCUUGCGUUUUUUCUUAUGGGCAGACUGGCUCUGGAAAAUCAUACACAAUGAUGGGAUUUGAUGAAGAUCGAGGAAUAAUUCCAAGGCUUUGUGAAGAUCUUUUCAAUCAAAUAGCACAAAUGGACAAGCAACAGGUUUUGUAUCAUCUUGAAAUGAGCUUCUUUGAAGUAUACAAUGAAAAAAUUCAUGAUUUGCUUGUCUUUAAAGCUGAAAAUGGACAGAAAAAACAACUUCGUGUAAGAGAACAUCCAGUGCUAGGACCAUAUGUGGAAGGCCUGACAGUGAAUGUUGUUCGUUCUUACUCUGAUAUUCAGAGUUGGCUUGAACUAGGAAAUAAGCAGAGAGCAACAGCUGCUACAGUAAUGAAUGACAAGAGCUCUAGAUCCCAUUCUGUCUUCACCCUUGUCAUGACACAAACCAAGGUAGAAUUUGUGAAUGAAGAACAGUGUGAACGUAGACUCACCAGUCACAUAAAUCUAAUUGAUCUUGCUGGUAGUGAGUGCUGUACAAAGGCUCAGACCACUGGAGAAAGGCUGAAGGAAGGUGUGAGUAUCAAUAAAUCACUGUUGACCCUUGGAAGGGUUAUUUCUGCACUGUCUAAACAAUCUCAAAAUGGAAAGAAAACUUUCAUUCCUUACCGGGAAUCCGUCCUUACUUGGCUGUUAAAGGAAAGUCUUGGUGGUAAUUCCCAAACAACCAUGAUAGCCACAGUGAGCCCAGCUGCCAGCAGCAUUGAGGAGACUCUCAGCACCCUUCGCUAUGCAAAACAGGCUUGUUCAAUUAUCAACAUUGCUAAAGUAAAUGAAGAUGUAAAUGUCCAGCUAAUCAGAGAAUUAAAAGCUGAAAUUGAAAAACUGAAGGCAGCUCAGAAAAGUGCUCUGAACACUGACCGUGAAAAAUACAGGCGUUAUUUGCAGGAAAUAACAUCUCUGAGGAUAGAAUUGUGCCAGCAGGAGAGGAACAUGGCAGAAAUGCAAAGGGCCUGGAAAGAAAAACUUGAACAAGCAGAAAAAAGGAAAUUGGAAGAUAUAAAAGAAUUGCAGAAAGCUGGAAUUGCAUUCAAAAUGGACAAUCAUUUACCAAACCUUGUCAAUCUCAAUGAAGAUCCUCAGCUUUCUGAGGUGCUGUUAUAUAUGAUCAAAGAAGGAGAAACUACAGUUGGAAGGUGUACACCAAAUUCAAAACAUGAUAUCCAGCUUUCCGGAGUGCUGAUUGCUGAUGACCAUUGUGUUAUUAAAAAUACUGAUGGCAAAGUAAGUAUUAUUCCACUUAGAGAAGCCAAGACAUAUGUAAAUGGGAAAUGCAUUUUGGACCCAACAAUUCUGCAUCAUGGUGAUCGAGUGAUCCUUGGGGGAGACCAUUAUUUCAGGUUUAAUCAUCCAGCAGAGGUUCAGAAAGUUAAAACACCUUCUUGUGGGACUUUGUGUUUGCAUGAUGGUCCAAAAGAUUUUGAAUUUGCAAAGAAUGAGCUGCUUAUUGCACAGCGAGCACAGCUUGAAUCAGAAAUUGAAGAGGCACGACUCAAAGCCAAGGAAGAAAUGAUGCAAAGUGUCCAAAUAGCAAAAGAGAUGGUUCAGCAAGAACUGAUGUCACAAAAAGAAGCAUAUGAGAGCAAAAUAAAAUCUCUGGAAGCAGAGGUGAGAGAAGAAUCUCUUAAGAAGCAAAUCCAAGAACAGAAUAACCAAAAAGCCACAACUAAAAUACAGGAGCUGGAGAAGGCCAAGAAAAGCCUUGAGCUAGAGCUCCACUUCAAUAAGAAGCGUUUGGAAAUGGAGACCUUAGCUACCAAGCAGGCUCUAGAAGACCAUACUAUUCAUCAUGUAAAAAUAGUGGAAGCUCUGGAAGCUGAGAAGCAGAAGAUUGCUGAGGAAAUCCAUACCCUUCAGAAGAAUCAUGGAAGUGGGAAUAAAUCAGUGAUGAUUCCACUGAACUGGAAGUCACUGAAGCUGUCUGUGAUGAUUAGAGAGGCUAACACCAUUAGCAAUGCAUUAGAGAAAAACACUGUUUUCUGCAGGCAUGACAAAAUUGAUGAUAAAACAGGUACAGUGUCUUCUAUUCAGGUGCAGGUUCGUAACAUCAAACUGGGAAUAACAACUUUUUGGAACCUAGAGAAAUUUGAAUGUAAACUAGCAGCAAUGAAAGAACUCUAUGAGAGUAAUGAUAGAAAUAAAGCUGUUGAUGUGUUUUAUGAUCCUGCUGAUGAGUGGGAACCUGACCUUUCAGACAGCUCCAUUUCCUUGCUUUCCAGAAGAAGAAGUAGAAGCUUCAUGAAGAACAAGAGGAUUUCUGGAUGUUUGUCUGAGAUAAAAUUGCAAGCUAUACAGAAUAAACAGGCUUCCUAUAUAUCAGGUUUAAUGAACAAGUCCAGCAUAUGCUCAAGCAUUUCUGAAUUGUUUCUUCCUGGAAUUUGCAAGGAGUCUAUAAGUUCAGCUUUAGAUUUGCUUGGACAGAGUCGUGAAGGAGGAAAAAGCAUAGCAGAUAGUCUCCUAACUAAUUUGUUUAUAAUCUUUUCUGGGGUGUCUGCCAUUUCAAAAGCCUAUGAACAGCAAGAUGAAGAAUGUCAGGAAAACAUUUUCUCUCUUGAUCGUGCUGCUCAGUCCUACAGCAUCAGAAUUGUCUCUGCUUUUGACCAGAUUGUGGUUAUAAGUAAACUCUGGCUUAAUAAUGUCCAAAAGUGUCCUGGAUCUAGAAAAGUUGAUGAAGAAAUGAAACAGGAAAUAAUGAACUUGGGAGGUUACUUACAGUUGCUGUUGCAGGGGUGUUCUUCAGAUAUAUCCUCGAUGGUAGAAGAAGCAUGGAACAAAGUAAACCAAACAGUGAAACAAACAAUGAAAUGCAUAGGACACUUGGCAGUAGUCACAACAGCUGAUAUUUCAUUUCCUGAAGAGAACAACAUUCUUGCCUCUAGUCUACAGGAAUUUGUACUUGCCAUUUAUGAUGGAGUAGGCUCGGGACUGGAAUGUCUUAUUGAUGCUGUACAGGAGAAAGCAAGAAUAGUACAGAAAGAACUUGUGAAACAAUGUCCACAAAAUGAGAUUCAAAAUCGAAUAAAGGAUAAUGUGGUGGCAUUAGCCAGAUUCCUUGAAAAUAACAUGUCUUACUGCAGAAAGAAAGAAACAGAAUCUCAGUUGCCAGAAGACUCUCUAUAUCGAGAAAUAAAGAAGAGCACUAAGAUUGCUGUGAAGUAUUUGGAAUUGGAGCAGUGCCUGACUGAAGUCUGUCAAAUUGUGUCUUCUAUGUUACAAGGGUUGUACAGAAACACCAGCCCUCUCAGGAGCUUUGCAGGAAAUAUUUCUGUUAUUGCUGGAUAUUUUAACAACUAUUUCAGUUUAUUUGCCUUGUCUUCUGCAAACAACCCUAUCCAGAAAAUGCACGUGCCUUUUAUGAACCUGGAUGAAUUGGACUCGCUGGUUGAUUCCCUUAUUAUGAAUUUUGAACUUGAACAACGACAGCCAUCAUUGCAAUCUCAAAUUAUUUGUAGUGAAACUACUGAGACUCAAGGAGGACAGGUUGAAACAGGUCAGGUUGAAUUUGCUUGGAAAUGGAACGGGAUUCCAGAAUGCACACAGACUCCUGAGCUUUCUCCUGGUAGGAUAGAAUGGGUAUAAAAUGUUAUUAUCAAGAAAUUAAAGAGAACUUUUUCCUAUUGCAAUAUUUCACAAAAACCUAAAAUUUAUUGCUAAUAUUAUUAGUGAGUGAGUGGUGGAAAAGUAAAAUGCCAUGUUUGUAUAAGUAUCCUGUAUUUCAGCAAAGAAAAAAUAUUCUUUAAGAGGCUGUCAAACUUCCAAAUAUAUUUCCUUUUGUUUUAAUAGAAGUCUAGUAUGACCUAAGUUUAGAAUUAAUAAUUUAUUUUUUUUUGAGUUUUUGCUUCACUUCAGCUGCAUUAUGAUCUAGUAAUGCUACUGCAACUUGAAAGUGUUUUUUAAUGCCUUUUUUUAAACAGAGAAAACUUUGUAUUUAUUUGUGUAGAGGAAAAUGAUGAGAGCUAGUAAAAGUACUUUGCAAUCU